CAUAGGCAGCCUCAAACUCGUCGUUCUUCGCCUCUCGCCUUCUUCGUUUUGCCGCUUCCUUCUCACCUCUUCGGAGAAACAAGCCCACGAUCAAUCAUGGCGGAGCAGACUGAGAAGGCAUUUCUGAAGCAACCCAAGGUUUUCCUUAGCUCGAAAAAAACUGGCAAGGGAAAGAGGCCUGGAAAGGGAGGAAACCGCUUCUGGAAGAGCAUUGGGUUGGGCUUCAAGACUCCCAGAGAAGCCAUCGAAGGAACAUACAUUGACAAGAAAUGCCCCUUCACCGGCACUGUUUCCAUCAGGGGUCGUAUUAUUGCUGGAACAUGCCACAGUGCUAAGAUGAUGAGAACAAUUGUUGUUCGUCGUAACUAUCUUCACUAUGUGAAGAAAUACCAGAGGUAUGAGAAGAGACACUCUAAUAUCCCCGCUCAUGUCUCACCAUGCUUCCGUGUCAAGGAAGGAGAUCACGUUACCAUUGGGCAGUGCAGGCCUCUGUCAAAGACCGUGAGAUUUAAUGUGUUGAAGGUUAUUCCUGCUGGAUCUUCUGGCGGUGGAAAGAAGGCCUUCACUGGAAUGUAAGGGGUACAACAUCCAGCUUUUUGUGUGUGGGUUAGGCUGAUCAAUGAACCGUCGUUAGUUGGUCAUGUAAGCUAUUCUGGAAAUUGAACAGUCUAGUUUUGGCAAUUACUUGGAACAAUUAGAUCUAUCCCUUGUCUCAACACUUGUUUGAUCUUAUGUGAAAUGUUGCAAACAUAGUAGCUAUGUUGUUUCUGGAAUCUGAAUGCCCUUUAAUGUCAGUUCAUCAUCUCGGCACCGUUCAAGUCUCUUUCUCAACACUAGGUGUUCUAUAGGUUGUGUGGUCGACUUUCUAGUCUGAUUGCAAUGGUUAAUCGCAUGGUUGAAAGCUUUGUUUUGCAUCAGUGAUUGAUUGAUGGUCCAUUUGAUAAUGUACUGCUCCAAUGGAGCUGUGUUACUGUUGUUUAAAUACAUGUGAUUAGCGUGGUGAAGAUUGUAGGUAGGGAAUUUCAUCACAGUGUGGAAGGGCGACUUUCUGCUCAUAUUUUAGAGUAAGAGUA